AUGUCAUUUCCAGGCUCGCAUCCUCAGUACUAUCUCCAAAGAGGAGCCUUCACAAAUCUCUCCCCUUCCCAGGUCGCGAGUGGGCUUAACGCGCCGCCGCCUCCUCCGCCGGGGUUUAGGCCGAUGUCUAACCCUAACAUCCACCAUCCUCAGGCUAACAAUCCUGGACCUCCUUUCUCCAUAGCUGCUGACCACAGACACUCUGAUUUCGGACACAGCAUUCACAUGGGGAUGGCUUCCUCUGCUCCUCCUGCGACGGCGCAGCCGCCUCUGCUUAUGCCGCCGCCGCCUAUGGAGCAGCCGAUGGUUAAGAAGAAACGUGGACGGCCGAGGAAGUAUGCUCCUGAUGGACAAGUCUCUUUAGGGCUUUCUCCUAUGCCUGCUUCUGCUGCUAGUAACAAGUCUAAGGACUCUUCUUCAAUGUCUGAUCCUAAUGCACCUAAACGAGCCAGAGGUCGUCCUCCUGGAACUGGAAGAAAGCAACGCUUGGCUAAUCUUGGUGAGUGGAUGAACACUUCAGCUGGACUUGCUUUUGCACCUCAUGUCAUCAGUGUUGGAGUAGGAGAAGAUAUUGUUUCGAAAGUUCUGUCAUUUUCACAGCAAAGACCUCGAGCUCUUUGUAUAAUGUCAGGCACCGGAACAGUUUCUUCAGUCACUCUACGUGAACCCGCUUCAGCAGCGCCUUCUCUAACAUUCGAGGGACGUUUUGAGAUUCUAAGUUUAGGUGGAUCUUAUCUGGUGAAUGAAGAAGGUGGAUCCAAAAGUCGAACAGGCGGUUUGAGUGUCUCUCUCUCUGGUCCUGAAGGUCAUGUUCUUGGCGGUGGCAUUGGAUCGCUUAUCGCAGCCAGCCUCGUUCAGGUGGUGGCUUGUAGUUUUGUAUACGGAGGAGUUACAAAGUCUAGUAAUAACAACAGUAACAAGACCAUCAAACAAGAAACCGAACCAAAGGAAGAGCAGCACAACGACAGCGAAAUGGAGACCACAACACCGGCCAAUGCAGCACCAGAAGCAGCAGCAGCGGCGGCUCAGCAGACGCCGCCACAGAGCUUCUCAGGUCAAGCAAUGAGCGGAUGGCCCGGUUCAGGUUCAGGUUCAGUCUCAGGCUCAGGGAGAUCACUAGACUCUAGCAGAAACCUACUCACUGAUAUUGACUUGACUCGCGGAUGA